GGAGCUAGAGAAAAAGAAAAUGUUGGCUUUGAUAUACAAUCGUCACACUUCUUGCAGUGAGCUGUGUGUAUCAGGAGUACAGGUCAAUAUGGUACACUUUUUUUUUUUCCCCUCACUGAGCUUCCAUUAUGAAAUGCUGCAAAGGGAAAAAAAAUAAGUUAAAGAAUCCCUCUCUGUGUAAAGGUCAUGGGAAAAAAAAAGAGCUUCCCUAUUUGUCCUCCUGCCUCUACCGGGGUUCUCUAUAACGCCUGAUUCUUAAACUGGCCUUUCUCGAUCUGCAAAACUAUUUUAAAAAGCGCAUUCCUACUACAUGUGAGCACCCCAAUAAAACCAAUACGUCUGACAUCUAUGCAUAUGCACAUUUCCAACUGAGCCUCCCAUGUAGAGUUUUACGGGUGAGUGAAGGCAACCAUGCCAAAAUAUUUGCAGCUUGGUAGCACAUCAAGUCAAAAAUGUUCCAAUGUGGAUAAAAUCAUAGCUUUUUCAACCAAUAAAUGGGCAACAGGCUUAUAGUAAUCAGAGCGACGGACUGACUGUCCCCAUACUCCUUUCUUGGCAUUUAACACUGAAAUGAUUCUGUUAGUCAUCUGCUUCUUAGCAGGAAUUGAAGUCGCUAAUUGCUAUAUUGAAAUACAGUGCCCUCCAUAAUUAUUGGCACCCCCAGUUAAGAUGCGUUAAAAGCCUUAAAAUAAAUUGUUUAUUGCAGAAGAAUACUGUCACACUGAAAAUUUUAGGAAUAGGAAAACAUAACCUUCAACUCAAAAGAAUUGUAAGAAAAGAAAAUCCCUGACAAAAAAAAAUAAUUAUUUUUCAUUAAAUCACCUGUUCCACAAUUAUUGGCACCCUUAACAAUUCCCAGGAAAUAAAUGUAAUUGAAGCAUUUCUGUCAUUUCUACAAUAGUUUACAACGUUUACCAGAGUAUGUAGGAACAUUUAAUUAGUAAUUCAUCACUUCCUGUUUCCCUGGGGUACAAAUAUGACGUGACACAGAGGCCAUUUCUCUUAUCCACUCUUAAACAUGGGAAAGACAAAGGAACACAGCAUACAAGUGAGGCAGAUGUGCGUCGACCUUCACAGGUCAGGCAGAGGCUACAAGAAGAUUGGCACUCAACUGCAGCUGCCCAUAUCCAUAUAUAUGACACAUGGAAACGCUCUUUUUCUCAUCUUAAUUUUGGGAAUUGGAGGAAGCUUUCAGUCAGGCUACCACAUCACCGGCCUGAGUUCUCCCUCCCCGUACAUUCAGCGGUUCAUCAACGGCACCUGGUAUGAGAGAUACGCAGUGCCACCCCCCGGACACACUGUCACCAUCAUCUGGUCCCUCAUCGUAUCCAUGUAUGCUGUGGGGGGCGUAUUUGGUGCUGUCAGUGUCAAGUGGUUCUCGGGCCUGCUGGGAAGAAAAAAGGCGGUUAUCUGCAACAGCUGUAUUGCUAUUGCUGCAGCUGGGAUCAUGCUGACAAGUAAAUGGGCCAAGUCUUACGAAAUGAUCAUUGUGGCGAGAAUACUGUUUGGCUACUCAUCAGCCCUUGGAAUGAGCACCCAUCUGAUGUACCUUGGCGAGAUAUCACCCAGAAAAAUAAGAGGCGUUGUCACCGCGUCCGCAGCGGCCUUUAGGUCCCUUGGAAAACUCUCUGCUCAAUUUCUUGGUCUCAGUGAGAUCCUUGGGUGCGAAGACCUGUGGAACGUGGUUCUUUGUGUGCCUGCGUGUCUAUCGGUGGUCCAGGUUUUGGUGAUGCCAUAUCUUCCCGAAGCGCCCAGGUAUCUGUUUAUCGAGAAACGAGAUGAUAAAGCAUGCCAAAAGGCUCUGCAGAGUCUAUGGGGCCAAGGUGGCUUCAAGCAAGAGAUGGAGGAAAUGGUGAGUGAACAGGCAACAAUGGAAGCGGCCCCCGCAAAAAGCCCUCUGCUGCUUCUUCGGGACCGGAGAGUCCGAUGGCAGCUCAUCACCUUGUCCACCAUCUACUUCUGUAACCAGUUGUCAGGCAUGGCCAUGAUCAACACUUUUGCUUUUGACAUCUUUCGGAGUAUGGGGAUCCCGACAGAACAAAUCCGUUACAUGACGAUCGGGCUUGGAAUCACUGAAAGUAUCACCUCCAUCUCUUGUGGUUUGUUGAUUGAGCAUGCAGGAAGGAGGCGGCUGUUCUGGGGAGGUUAUGCCAUCAUGUCUGCAUGCUGGCUGUUAGUUACCAUCGUGCUCAACUUGAAGGGUUCUAGUUCUUGGGCUCCAUAUGUUACUGCUGUUUUGAUCAUCCUCUUCAUCAUCUUCUACUGUGGAGGGCCUGGGGGAGCAUUAGGUACUCUCAACGGUGAGAUCUUCAUUCAAUCCAAUCGUGUCGCUGCCUUUGUCCUCUUCGGGGUUCAGAGCUGGUUCGUUUUAGCCGUGCUGGGCCUGGUCUUUCCCCUUCUUAUUGGUGCGCUCGACUCGUACUGCUUUGUGAUUUUCGCUUGCAUGUGCCUGCUGGGUUGUCUUUUCGUCUUCUUCUUCCUACCUGAAACCAAAGGGAAGACACUGCUGGAGAUCUCAGACGAGUUUGAAUCCAUCACCAUCUGUGGGAACUCUUUUGUAGAAGAAAACCAAUUGGAGACCAAAUUAUAGGAUGCACUCAUGGGGGAAGUGUUAAUGCAUAUGAACGUGGGACCAAUGAGCACUGUGUAAUGUAAUAUAAAAGCAUUAACCAAUACUAACAAUUAAAAAAAAA